AUGGCCACCCACACCCACCAGCUUCUCAGGCACGAGCAGCCCCCGCGCCCCCCGCCGCACCUGCUGACGGAUCCCCUCAGGCGGGCGCGCGCUGUCGACGAGCAGCUCACCACCCUCACCGAGGGCAAUGCCUCCGCCAGCGAGCUCGCUGCGCUGCUGCACGAGUACCGCGUCGCCUGCGAGAAUGUGCUCUUUGCCGACUUCGAGCUGGCCUCUGCCAACCAGAUCGAGCCGCAGCUCUGGGCCGCCCACCUCAAGGUGAACACCAUCUUCCGAAAGGAAAACCGCUCGGUAUGCCCGUCCCAACAUCUGAAAAAGCAUGCAAAGGAGCGCGUUGUCGAAUUCCGAAAGCUGCAGAAGAACUACCUGCAGUUCAUCAAGGCGAGCCAGCGCUUCUACCGCCAGUACAUUUUGAACCUGGACGCCCAAUUUGAGGGCAUCCCCGAGCUGCGCAAGGUGGCCGGCACCUGGAAGGAUGACGCUUCCCGUGCCUCGAACCGCCAGCGCAUCGCGGCCUCGCUCAAGGGCCAGGUGCUGCAGUCCUGCUACCAGACGCUCAUUCAGCUGGGCGACCUCUCCCGAUACCGCGAGACCGAGCUCGGCGACGAGAAGGAGCGAAAGUGGGGUCCCGCCAUCGGCUACUAUAACUUGGCCGCCGACAUAUAUCCCGAUUCUGGACACUCACACAACCAAUUGGCCGUGAUCGCGCGCGAGGACGGAAACCACUUCCGCGCAGUGUACCACAUCUACCGCUCCCUCGCUAGCAAGUACCCGUACCCGCAGGCCCAGGGAAACCUCGAGUUGGAGUUCAAGAGGAUCGUAGCCGCUUGGGACAAGGGGGAGCUGAUCAGCAACCAUCGCACUGCCGACGGCACUAAUUCCGGGCGUGCCUUGAACGCGUGGUUUGUUCGACUCCACAGCAAGUGCUACAAAGGGGAGGACUUCAAGGAACAUGAUGAGCUUGAGGGCGAGGUGCUCAGCCAGCUGGCCGUCGAGUUGAAGGAGCGCUCCUUGGAGGGUGUUCUCCAGAAGAUCAUCUCGAUAAACCUGGCCGCCGAGUACUUCUCUACGAUGCAACUGCAGGGCCCAUCUCCACCGACGAACAUCCUCAAGACGUAUUUUUACUUCCUCCGUCUCAAUGUUAAAACGUUCUUUACGCUCCUGCAGGUUAUGCAGCCCGAGUUGGAACGCUCAUCGGAAGGCGAUGAUGUCACCCAGAAUGGCGAACGUGCACCGCAGCUUUCGGACAAGAUUACUGCUGUUGCGCGUCGUGUUCUACCCGGUCUACGAUUAUACAGCACAUGGUUCACGCGAUUUUGGCACGUGCUCAAUGCAAAUAUUGCCGACACCUUGACCAAGGUCGAGGUACAAGAGCUUUGGAAAGCCUACGCUGCAACACUCACCCUCUUGACCUCGAGCUUCCCCGCGGAUCAGCUUCCACAGGACCCGUCGGACAGCUACAUGCUCGAGGAGGACAUUGAGACCAUUGGAUUCCAGCCACUGGUUUCACCAGAGACCAUGAGGGUCUGGUACAAAGGAGGGGACAUGAAGCCAAAAUGCACGGACGUUGAACGCAGCCAUCCGAACGUGGAAAUGCUCAUGCGGGUUAGAGACCUGCUGAUCGAUGGACUGAUGCUCACGCAGAACCAGGAUGCGCCUCUCGACCUCGACGGCCCUCGCUUCAUUUACCGCGAGGAAGGACUACCUUCGGAGCUGCUCGCGAGCCCGCACAACCGCAACAGUGGCUCUCCUGUAAUGCCCGUAGAGACCGUAGACUUACCGCUUUUCACGCCACCUGUGCCUGUUGCGGAGGACCAGAAGUCGCACAGCGUUGUCGCUCCCUCGGAGACAGCUUCCACUACCGCAGCUAAAGAUUCCGCGAUGAACCAGAUGGUGGAUGACUUGGUCGGCCCAGACGAGGGUUUGGAUCCUUUGCCGGAGGAAGACGAGAACAUCCCGCCGACCCCGCCAGCGAACACCUUUGAGGAUACGGCAUUGGUUUCCGAUGGGACGUACGGUCCAGCGACGUUCUCGAUCAGCGACCUUGUCAAUACGGUGCAGAACUACAAAAAGCCGGCCGCCUCUCCAUCUCCGGCGACCCCGCUGUUGUCCACGCCCAUGGGCCGUGUCGCUUCCUCAUCGUCGUCUCGCGGACCUGCCAACCUGCCAUCACUUCCUGAUGGCCAGUGGAAUACGAACUCCAUCUGGAACCGGAACUACAAUGGUACGCCUGGACCUUCCUCGCCGCUGAUGCCGAACAGCGCGAACGACGUACGCAAUUCUCCACUGAACAGUGUGCGUCCACCACCUGGGUUUUCUGGACACGUCCGUGGUGACUCUGCGACCUCGCUCCGCAGUUCCGACUUUCCUAUGUCCAGCGCGAAUCCAGCUACCCGCCACGUCUCCGGCGUUCAAGGUGGGCUCGGGAGCGGCGCCGCCUGGGGAAACCCCGCCGCCUCGAACUGGGGUCCUGUCUACGGAAAUGGCAGCGCAAACGGCGCGUACGGCCACGGCAGCCACCGCGCGAGCGACUACGGCCUUGCGAGCCCGUUGCUGUUUAACAGCUCGUAUGUGGAUAGGCAGCCCAGCUCGUAUGGCCAGACGCCGCCGAAUGGGCAGGGCGGUUGA